AUGACGCAGUCACAGGUGCGUGUCCGCAUCGCGCCGAGCCCGACCGGCGCGCCGCACGUCGGCACCGCCUAUAUCGGGUUGUUCAACUACGUGUUCGCGCGCGUGCACGGCGGGCAGUGCGUCAUCCGCAUCGAGGACACGGACCAGGCGCGCUCGGAACGGCGCUACGAAGAAGACAUCCUGCGCUCCCUGCGCUGGGUCGGCCUGGCGUGGGACGAAGGACCGGACCGGCAGUCGGAACGCCUGCCCGUCUACCGCGAACACGUGCAGCAGUUGCUCGACAGCGGCGCGGCGUACCGCUGCUGGUGCACGCCGGAACGCCUGGAAGCGGUGCGCCAGCAACAGCGGCAGGACAAGGCGCCGAUGCGCUAUGACGGGCACUGCCGAUACCUCACCGAGGCUGAGGCAAAGGCCCACGGCGACCAGCCCUCGGUGGUGCGUCUCAAGGUGCCGGAAGACGGCAGCACCGUGGUGCACGACGCGUUUCGCGACCCCAUUACCAUCGAGCACGGACAGAUCGACGACCAGGUGCUGCUCAAAUCCGACGGCUACCCCACCUACCACUUGGCCAACGUCGUAGAUGACCACGUCAUGGAAAUCUCGCACGUCAUCCGCGCCGAAGAGUGGAUUUCUUCGACUCCCAAGCACCUCAUGUUGUACCACGCCUUCGGCUGGGCGCCGCCGGUGUUCAUGCACAUGCCGCUGCUGCGCAACGCCGACCGCAGCAAGAUCAGCAAGCGCAAGAAUCCGGUGUCGCUGCGCUACUACGAGCGUCAGGGUUACCUGCCUGAGGCGCUGCUCAACUUCCUGGCGCUGAUGGGGUGGUCGAUGCCCGACGAGCGCGAGGUCUUCACGCUGGCCGAGAUGAUCGAGUCGUUUUCGUUCGACCGCAUCAGCCUGGGCGGGCCCGUUUUCGAUCUGCAAAAACUGGAAUGGCUGAACGGCAUGUACAUCCGCCAACUCUCGCCCGCGGCUCUGUCGGAGCGGCUCUUGGAAAACGCGCGUGCGAAGUCCCGGCUGUUGGACGACAACGCCUACGUGGACGCCAUCACGCCGCUGCUGCAGGAGCGUCUGCGCACGCUGGGCGAUUUCCAGGACAUGGCGGCGUUCUUCUACGACACGCCGCUGGCCUACGACAAGGCUCUGUUGCUGCCCAAGGGCAGGAACCCGCGCGAGGCCGUCAAGGUGCUGACGGAGGUGGCCGAGGUACUGACGCGACACGCCGGCCCCUGGCAGGACGCGGAGCUGGAAGCCAGCGUGCGCGCGUACGUCGAGGGCGCCAAAUGGCCGGGCCGCGACCUGUUCAUGACCCUGCGGACCGCGGUAACCGGCCGCACCGCCUCGCCGCCUUUGUUUGCCACCAUGCAGGUUCUGGGCAGGGACCUCUGCCUGUCCCGGCUCGAGGACGCCGUGGCCCUGCUGCAAAAAUAG